AUGAUGUCCUUAGGGGAAAAAAGGUCUGAUAUAAGUGAUAGUGAAAAUAAAUUAGUGUUAGUUGUUAGAAAUGAUUUAAAAAUGGGUAAAGGAAAAGUGGCUGCUCAGUGCAGUCACGCAGCCGUAAUGGCUUAUGAAUCUUCUCGGGAAAAGGCGCCAAAAAUAUUCAACAAUUGGAGAAAUUCGGGUCAGCCCAAAAUUGUUGUUAAGAUUGAAAGUGAAAAAGAAAUGAUGGAUUUAGCAGAAACAGCUCGUGAUAAUCGACUGAUUGUUUCUGUUGUUAGAGAUGCUGGAAGAACUCAAGUAGCUUCAGGUACGAGAACUGUUUUAGCUGUAGGCCCAGGUCCUGUACGUACUAUUGAUUCAGUAACUGGUCACUUAAAAUUAUAUUGA